UGUCACAGUAUGUUUUUAGUGAAGAAAUAAAAUGAUUCUUGUAUUGAUUGCGCUGUGUGCUAUCCUGAAAGGUGCUGUAUCAUCCGUUUCAACCAAUAGUGCCGCUCCAGGAAAAAUUUUAGGCCAAAUUUUGGACAAAUGUUGCACCGAUCCCAAACAAACAAUAAUCAUUCAAACAUCGAUAGACACAUUUGAAGAAGAAUGUAAAUUAUCAGAUUUGAUUAAUGAUAUGCUGACUUACAGGAAGAAUCUCAUUCCUGUUAUUCAAGGACCGAGUAUUCCAGCGACUGUAAACUCAUUAUAUUAUAAUGUGUUCAUGGUUGGAUCUUACAGUUCUUUUCAUAAACUGUACGACACCAUGGGACCUUCAAAGUAUGAUUUUGAGGGCCGUUUCGUUAUAGUGUACGGUUACAAAUUACCUCAAAUGAAGAAGAUAACUGAACGAACAAUCAAAAAGAUGCGGGACAAAAAGAUUUUAAACGUUAUCGUCGUAGUCGUGGAUGAUUCUUCAGUAGAAGUGUAUUCUUACUUUCCAUACCACAAAGGAAGAUGCAACAAUUUUGACCCUGUUCUGGUCUCCAACAUAAGUUUGACCGAGAAACAUCUUGAUUAUGAUUAUUUCCCUAAUCGCUUGUUGAAUAUGUAUGGAUGUACAGUGAAAGUCGGGACGUAUUCACUAAAACCAUUCACAAUCAUUGAAACAAAAGCAAAUAACGAGACAGUCUACAAAGGCACUGAAGUAGAUAUAGUGAAAACAGUUGCAAGGUUGCAUAAUUUUUCAAUCGAAUUCUAUCUGCCGGAAAAUGGAUCAAAGUGGGGAUUUAUCAGAUCUAUUGAUAGCACCGGUUUGAUGAAACUGAUUCAAGACGAAUCUGUUGAUUUGGGUUUUGGAAGCAUUGGGAUGUCGGUUGAGCGGAAUUUCUUCCUGAAAGCCGGAAUGUCCCAUUCAACCAGUACAUUUGUGUUCGUUGUUCCUCCUGGCCAAUUGUAUACGUCUUUUGAGAAGUUAUACAAACCAUUUACAACGGACUCUUGGGGAUACCUUGCUGUGGCCUUUGCGUUUGGACUUACUUUUUCACAAUUAUUUUUUGGUGGACAUAGAAUAACUUUCUUGGAUAUGUUCAAAAUAGAAUCUCUGGAAACCCCAUUGAUGAACAUGUGGACGCAAAUUUUGGGAAUACCUUUACCAAAACUUCCGAAGAAAAAUAUCACCUUGGCCAUUGCAAUUGGUUGGAUGACUACAGGGCUACUCGUAAGAACGCUAUAUCAAGGAGCCAUGUUCAAGUAUCUCCGCUCUGGUGUGCAGAAAAGCUCCGUACAGACUUUGCAAGACAUCAAUUCCGCAGGGCUGCAUUACUACAUGUAUGAUGUAACUCGAAGAUUUUUUGUGGAUUCUCCAGAAAUUUUAGAGAAGUUAAUCAGAUACAACUCAUUGGAGACGCUGUUCUGA